UAACAGGCAAAAAAGUGUUUAAUUUAUCUUUCCUUUGGGUUUCUCACGGAGUCACGGUUCCUCGUUCGUCCUCUCCCGUCGUCUCUCCGGUGAGUCCUUAAUUUUCCGGCGGUCUUUUUCCCUUUCUCGUCUGUUUGGUGCUUUCUUUAUGUCUGAGGCGAAUACAGCAAAACGUAUCUGUUUUGGUUGUUGAGUUCGAGGCUGGUCCUGAAAAUUCGGUGACAAAAAGAGUCAAUAACUCUCGUGAUCGAGUUGGAUGCGUUGUUUUGAGGGUUGAUUCAGUUUAUGACUAUGUAUUUUGGUACUUGCAAGAUUUUCUGAUUUUAUGAAGAUUCGUGUUUGACUUUUAUAGCGUAUAAUCUACGGGGCAAACAGAUUCGAGCAACUUGUUUUUUUCUAGCGCUUGUUUUGUGUUUACUCUGUCAUGUGUUUGUAUUUUUUGAGCUUCCACUAGUGAUUAAUCAUCUCAGCUCAAUUUGAACAUAGGAGAUGUAGUUUUUAUCUGUCGGUGGAUUUCUAGGGAUUUUGCAAAAUGUUUUGGGCUUUCCUGAAUUACACUAAAUUGAUGGGCACAUCAUCUGGGUCCAAUCUUCCUCACCAGAUGCUACCUCCACGUCAGCAACUACAAACAUCUCUUUCGCUUGUAUCUUCAGAUCCCCACUUGUCACGGUCUAAUUCUGGCAUUGUGCGUGAAUCACCAGCUGAAAGUGCUAGCUCUCAAGAAACUUGGCCAACCUCAAAAUCUAUUAUGGGAAGGAAGACAGAUAGCGGAAAGACAGGGCCUGACUCUCAUGAUCAACAUGUGAUCCGCCAUGUUUCCAUUGCUGAUAAGGUAUCGCUACGGGACAUAGCUAGAGAGAGACUUGACAUAGUCGCUGAGAGAAUGCAUCGAUUACCAGAAGAAUAUCUCGAGGAGUUAAAGAAUGGUCUUAAGGCUAUCCUUGAAGGAAAUGGUGCGCAGCCUAUAGAUGAGUUUAUGUUUCUGCAGAAGUUUGUCCAGACGAGAUCUGAUUUAACUUCAAAGACACUUGUCAGGGCUCACCGAGUGCAGCUUGAAGUUCUUGUGGUUAUAAACACUGGUAUCCAAGCAUUCUUGCACCCAAACAUCAAUCUCUCUCAGUCAUCACUCAUCGAGAUCUUUGUGUACAAGAGAUGCAGAAACAUAGCUUGCCAAAACGAACUCCCGGCUGAUGGUUGUCCCUGUGAGAUAUGCGCUAAUAGGAAAGGCUUCUGCAACCUGUGCAUGUGUGUGAUAUGUAACAAGUUUGACUUUGCAGUCAACACAUGCCGCUGGAUUGGCUGCGACGUGUGUUCUCAUUGGACUCAUACGGAUUGUGCUAUUAGGGAUGGGGAGAUUUCGAUGGGAGUUUCUCCCAAGAGCGUAUCUGGGAUGGGAGAAAUGCUGUUCAAGUGUCGAGCGUGCAACCAUACUUCUGAAUUGCUGGGGUGGGUGAAAGAUGUGUUUCAGCACUGUGCACCAAACUGGGAUAGGGAAUCUUUAAUGAAGGAACUUGACUUCGUUAGUAGGAUUUUCCGUGGAAGCGAAGAUACAAGAGGCCGGAAACUCUUCUGGAAGUGUGAGGAGCUUAUGGAGAAGAUUAAAGGUGGACUGGCUGAAGCAACAGCGGCCAAGUUGAUACUCAUGUUUUUCCAAGAAAUUGAAUUGGACUCUCCAAAGAGCCUUGAAAGCGGAGAAGGUGGGGGUACGAUAGCACCUCAAGAUGCAUGCAACCGAAUUGCUGAAGUUGUAAAGGAAACACUGAGGAAAAUGGAGAUAGUGGGUGAGGAAAAGACGAGGAUGUACAAGAAAGCGCGAAUGGGGCUUGAGGAAUGCGAGAGAGAGGUAGAAGAGAAAGCAAAGCAAGUGGCGGAACUGCAGAUGGAGAGGCAGAAGAAGAAACAACAGAUAGAAGAGGUGGAGAGGAUAGUGAGGCUGAAGCAAGCAGAGGCAGAGAUGUUUCAGUUAAAAGCAAACGAGGCAAAAGUGGAAGCAGAGAGAUUGGAAAGGAUUGUGAAAGCGAAAAAGGAGAAAACAGAAGAGGAAUACGCAAGUAACUAUUUGAAACUGAGGCUGAGCGAGGCGGAGGCAGAGAAAGAGUAUCUGUUUGAAAAGAUAAAAGAGCAGGAAAGUGGUGGGAAUGGUGGUGAAGCGUCACAAGCAGUGAUGUACUCAAAGAUCAGAGAAAUGCUGCAUGGAUACAAUGCAUCGUCGCCAAGGGUAGAUCCAAGAUCAAACCAGCGAAAUCCUUUCAGAUCCAAUCCUUAGAUGUUUGUAUUGUCUCUCUUUGUUUGUAUUAAAAAAAAAAUCCGAAUCAAUUAAGGUUGGAUUUGUGUGUGAAGUAUUGUGGUCUUUGUAUUCAAAUUUUGCACAUGAUCGUCUAUGUUGGGCCAUAAUGUUAUGCAAGCUUUGACACAGAGUGUUGCCAAAAUCUCGAUACUUAUUCACUCGGAUUUAGAGAAUUGUGGAUUUCGCUAAUGGAGGGAGAUCCAUGUUACCUUAAAUAGUUUAUAUUUGA